GCGAUGGCGCAGCAGCGCCGUGUCCAGCUGUCCACGCAGCGCCCGGGCAGCACCGUGUGCGUGCUGGGCACCGAGCUGGCCCUGGACGUGUGCGGCUCGGCUCCGCGGGGCGCAGCGGCGUUCCAGGCCCAGGCCACGCCGGGGGUGAAGCUGUGGGUGCUGCGCGAGGCCAGGAGCGUCAAGCUGCCCUCGAGCGUGGGGCGCUGGCCCCUGGCCCCCGGCCCCGAGCUGCUGCUGGCCAUGGACGCGCCCAGCAAGGACGUGGGCGACGAGAAGGUGGGACACGGAUCCUGGCAGAUCCCGGGAUUCCUGCUGGAUCCCGGGAUUACCGCUGAGGGCUGGGAUUGCUGCUGGGUGUUGGGAUUCCUGCUGGAUCCCGGGAUUCCUGCUGGAUCUCGGGAUUCCCAAUGGGAUUCCUGCUGGGUGUUGAGAUUCCUGCUGGAUCCCGGGAUUCCUGCUGGAUCACCGGAUUCCCAAUGGGCGUUGGGAUUCCUGCUGGGCAUUGGGAUUCCUGCUGGGUGUUGGGAUUCCCACGGGAUCCUGGAUUUACUGCUGGGUGUUGGGAUUCCCGUUGGAUCCCAGGAUUCCCGUUGGGUGUUGGGAUUCCUGUUGGGUGUUGGGAUUCCUGUGGGGUGUUGGGAUUCCUGCUGGGUGUUGGGAUUCCCAUUGGAUCCCGGGAUCCUGCCCGGCUGGCUCGGUGCCUCGUUGCAGGUCAGGAUUUCCUAUUUCCGCGAGGCCGGUGGGGUUCCCGUGGGCCGGGCCGUGCUCUACCUCACCUGCGUGGAGGUGUCGCUGGACGCUGACGUCAACCGCAGCGGGGCCGUCAGCCGGACACUGCUGGACAAGGCCAGCUGGACGUGGGGGCCCGAGGGCCACGGGGCCGUGCUGCUGGUGAACUGCGACCGCGACGACGCCGGCGCCGAGGGCCUGGACAACGAGGACAGCGCCGUGCGCUCCUACAACGACCUGCAGGACAUGUCGCAGCUGGUGCUGCGGACGCGCGGGCCCCGCGCCAUCUUCGCCGGCCACCGCCUGCUGCUCCACGUCGACUUCGGCGACGCCGACAAAAUCCGGGUUUUCUACGGCGGCGACAGUGCGGAGCUGGAGAAGUUCCGGCACGUUCUGGGGGGCUCCAAGCUGGCCUACACCGUGCGGCCGAGCCGGCACUGCCACGAGAGCGUCUUCUACGUGGAGGGCCUGGCCUUCCCCGACGUGGCCUUCUCCGGCCUCGUGUCCCUGCACGUCACCCUGCUUGAGAGCCCUGAAAAGGGCCUCCUGGAGUGGCCGGUCUUCACGGACUCCGUGGUUUUCCGCGUGGCUCCCUGGAUCAUGACGCCCAACACGGCAGCACCACUGGAGGUCUUUGUCUGCAGCGUGGACAACAACGAGGGGUUCGUGGCGGCCGUGGGCGAGCUGGCCGAGAGGGCGCAGUGCCCGCUGACCGUGUGCCCGGCACAGCAGAACCGCCAGGACCGCUGGAUCCAGGAUGAGAUGGAGUUUGGCUACGUCCAAGCCCCCCACAAGACCUUCCCUGUGGUCUUUGAUUCGCCCAGGGACCUCGGCCUGAAGGAUUUUCCCAUCAGGAGCAUCCUGGGCCCCGAUUUUGGCUACGUGGCCCGGCAGGCUCCGGAGGGCGCUUCCAGCCUGGAUUCCUUCGGGAAUUUGGAGGUGAGCCCUCCCGUGACGGUGGCGGGCAAGGAGUACCCCUUGGGGCGCAUCCUGAUCGGCAGCAGCUUCCCCAGGCUGGGUGGCCGCAGGAUGGCCAAGGCCGUGCGGGAUUUCCUGCUGGCCCAGAAGGUCCAGGCGCCCGUGGAGCUCUUCUCGGACUGGCUCCACGUCGGGCACGUGGAUGAGUUCCUGAGCUUCGUCCCCGCGCCCGAUCGGAAGGGAUUCCGGAUGCUCCUGGCCAGCCCCAGCGCCUGUUACCAGCUGCUCAAGGAGAAGCAGGAGGAGGGGUUCGGAGAGGCUGCCAUGUUCCAGGGGUUGGACAGGGACGGGGUGCCCAAGCCGACCAUCAACGAGAUCCUGGCUAACGAGGAGCUCCGCAAGUUCAACGAGUACGCCCAGAGCUGCAUCAGCUGGAACCGGGAUGUCCUGAAGCGCUCGCUGGGCCUGGCCGAGCCGGACAUCCUGGACAUCCCGCAGCUCUUCCAGGGCGAUGCCGCCUCCGGUGCCCAGGCUUUCUUCCCGGACAUGGUGAACAUGCUGGUGCUGGGCCGGCACCUGGGCAUCCCCAAGCCCUUCGGGCCCGUGGUGGGCGGGCGCUGCUGCCUGGAGCAGCGCGUGCGGGAGCUGCUGGAGCCGCUGGGCCUCUCCUGCACCUUCAUCGACGACUUCUUCUCCUACCACGUGCUGGCCGGGGACGUGCACUGCGGCACCAACGUGCGCCGCAAGCCCUUCGCCUUCAAGUGGUGGCACGUGGUGCCCUGAG